AUGAAAUAUCCUAGCCUCUCUCAGAGUACAAGCAUGGCAGUCAACAAUGGUACCCACGUCGAUGAGGUCGAUCCCUUAUUCAUCUCCUCUUGUUGGGGCACCAACAUGCAACCGGAAUUCAUUGAUGCACAUAAAUUGAUUCUAGAAGGUCAUAUCAGCAACUUAGGAUCCGACAAGCUUCUCCUAGAGUCUUCAUUGGAGGACGACAGUGAAAUCGAAAGCAAGGAUACUAUAGAGGCUUUGGAUAACCUGUUACUCAGUGCGCAAAAUAUUAAUACUAGUCUGGCAGAGCUGAAACCUCUGCCUCCGUUCACAGGAUAUACUGCCAACCUUAGUAUAAAUGGCAUACAAGGGCAUCAUUAUCAUACCAUAUCCCAAAGAAUUCCAGAAGAAUCCAACAGUAAUUAUAACAAUUUUAGUGAACAGAAUAUAGUAUCUAGUUCUACGUGUAACGUUAAUGCGGACUCAGCCAGUGAUCAGGACAGUAAAGCAUUUUUCUCUAGUGACAGUUAUACAGAAUGUGUAGACCCAGAUUCAGUGUCAUCGUUAAAGUACGAAGACUGCAGUCAGCAUGCCGUGGAUUCUGCUACUAACAUAAAAACUGAAGUAGCCGACUACGACAUAUCAUCCAUAGACGAUAUAGCUGCUAUCAUAGGCUCAGCAAUAGCUGACACAACGGUUCCGAAUAACAACCCAGAUAGUGAAGAACCUUCGUGUUCUAGGGGUAGUUGGAUGGACCUAGAUGCUUGGAUAGAUGACCAGCAAAAAGGCUUACUUAUCACUCAAGAUGGUCUAUCAGAAUUCGUUAUUCCAGCGAACUUUGAAAAUAAAAUCAAAAUGUGUUAA